CACGAACGUAGCCAAAACGUAGCGCUCUUGUUGGUAGCGCUCGUCCCUCAACUCCCUCUCGCUAGUCUCGCUUCUCGCAUUUUAGCUGCGAAACUAAAACUGCGACGACCUCGUGCCGAAAUCCGCCGAUUCGACGCCUCCGGAUGGUUGCGUCUACGAGCGCGCCAAUUUGUCUGCUGGAGUAAGAGACGCGAUUAAAAUUCAAAAACGUAGAAAAUGGAUCAGCAGUUGAGCGAAGAGGGAAUCCGGGCCAUGUCGGACAACGAGCUCUCCGAGACGUUGGUGUCGCUGGGAUUGGCACGCACGCCGGUCACUUACACGACGCGACCAUGGCUUGAGAAGAAGCUGAUGGAGCGCGUCUGCUGGAAAGACGACAAACACCUGAGGAUCAACGAGAUUGACGAGAAAAAGCAGCAAACCCUCAAUGACGAGAUAAACAACAGUAUUAACGAACUCAUCAGCAGCAACCAAAGCGCAGAGCCGGCAGAGCAGCAGGAGGAGUCGAAAAAUAAACUUUUCUAUGCUGUGUCCUGUCCAGAGGACAAUACUGAAGACGAUUUUUCAGCCGAAUCUCGAGUUUUUAACCUUCAGGAAGACGCCCUCAAGUUUGCAAAAAAGAAUAAAAAGUGUCGCUUCAAGUCUUUCCGGAUUUAUGAAGAGGCGUUACAGUUUGCCACUACGCCUGCCACCAUCCAAAUUUCAGCACCAAUGGUCAGCUCACCUGGUUAUGUGGAUGGGGCCAGUCGGUUCAAAGGCCCUAAAAGUCAGGAUUUAGUGCAGCUGCGAAAGGAAAUAGAAAAUGGGAACACCAACAUGGUGCGUCGGAUGAUUUGGGAGAACCCACGCUACCUGAUCAGCAAUGGAGACAUGCCUUCAAUUCUCCAGGAAGGCGCUCGUUACAAUGCCCUCCACGUUGCAGCUCGUAAAGGCAACGCAGAGAUGGCUGCUCUCAUCUUAGAAACUUUGUCUGACACCAAAUUUGCACUGUUGCUCUAUGGUGACUGUGUUGAUAAUGGCAGACUGCGCUGCAGCAUUCUGCUUGACCUUUUCCUGAACAUGCCGGACAAAGGGCUGCAUGAAACACCGCUGCACAUUGCCUCAAAACUAGGCGCCGUCCGCUGUGUAGAAGUUUUAGUCAAUUAUCCAGAGUGCAAGAAGAACCAACUAAAUAAGGAAAAGCUCACUCCAGUUGAAAUUAUUUGCACUCGACAAAAUCCACAUGCAUCAGCAACACAAGAGAUCAAACAUUUGCUGCAAGACACAUUCUUCGUUCCUGUUCUCCGCUCGUCCACCUUAGACCAACCAGAGGUUGGUGAACCCUUUUCAUCCAACACACCUCUUGUCACUACCUUUGAAGUGAGUGCUUAUGCUGGACCAAUGGACUUUGAGCAUGCAAAAGUUUUUCACAAACAGUUGAAAUAUCCCUCGCGUAGGGUGAAAAUGCCCUUCAGCACAGCUAGGCUCAGUGAUUUCAAUAGAGGCCUUGAAAGAGAAGGACGGGAUUUGGCUCGAAUGCACAAUGUAAAAUGGAAGGAAUUCUGGCCGUUUCUUGGAUUUUACAUAGAUCUGGCCUGUUUGGAAGGACUGACUGCCCUUGAGGACUACUUCAAAACCAAAUUUAACGAACAGCCAAUCAGCAAUGGAGAUGCUUUGAGUCCCAUGACUGAGUUGUGCGAUUCUUUGCGCUCUGUUUCUAUAUCAGAUCGACAGUUCGUCGAUCGCACUCCUCCAUCUCGCUCAAUACGCCGUCCACCUACUGACCCGCCACGCAUUCCUGAGUUAACCCACAACCCUUUGUUGUACAUUGAAAAGACCUGCCAGGUGUUGGCCCGUCGUCUGGCAGACGGUUUGACCCACAAAUUUGACAAGGACAGGCGCACACUCAAAACUUUCCUGCACGUCGAGAUCAGCAACAUGCAAAACAUUGUCCUGAGCUUCCGUUCGGAAAACCAGUUCACCACUUCCGUCGAUUACUCUCGUGUGCACAGCAGAAUUGCUGCCUUGGCCAAGACAUAUCUGAAAGGGCAGAUGAGUCAUGAUGAACUGAAAGUCCUAGUGGCCAGUCUACAAGGCAUUGUCACUUCUGACCUUGACCUUUCCUCUGACGAAGAGCAGGACAACACUUCGGAAAGAUCUUCUAUGAUGCGAGAGCAGAUGCAGUGCCUGGGAAGAAUGCUGGUUCGUUCUUCCACUGAAGUGCCUCAGUGUGACAAUGUCGAGUGGAUGUGGGCUCAGUGCCAAAGCUGCUGCUGUUCCUGGAUCUUGGCAAAUAUGCGCUCGCCCAGAGUCAGGGGCUCCAGUCUCAAAAGAGCCGCUAACAUGCACAAGCAACAGCAGGAUGCUACUCCACAGACACCAACCUCCACCAAAAGCAACCAUUGGAGGCAGCCACCCAAAGAGUUCACCGACUCAGAUGACUCCUCAGAUGAUGAGUCAAAAGAUGAGUUUUUCACACCUCCAUCGUCUCUACCUGUCUCUGACGACGAAGAGGAAUUUGAGCCUGCUGAAGAAGGAAGGAUGGUUUUUAUCUCAGGAUCUGAUCCCACUAAACUGGACAUUGACGUUUUACGUGCCUGCGAAUCUCAUCUGCUCUCUCCCAAAAAGUUUCCCUUUGUCUGGAGGUGGCGGCACCAGAUCCUCACCUUCCCCGAAAGAGAAAGACAGAAUUGGAAAAACCCUCAUGUAAGUCAGCGCCCUGCAAUGAACCCGACAAUGACAUCCCCUCUGAGUCCUGUGCGGAGCCCCGUCUCAUCGCGGAAAGUGCUGCCUCAAUCUUGGGCCUCCCCAGAACCGCCUUUCUCUCCGCCGUGUAGGAGGCUCAACCUCUGACCCUCCCAAGUAGCUCCCCCUUAUUUUUAUACUCUGACCAAACGACCAAAACAAAAAGUCAGGCCUCCAAGUUGGCACGAAAGGACAUGGGUGUGGUUGUGAGCGGAUUUUCAUGAAUCUCAUACAAGCAAGUUGGAAGCCACUUUUUUAAUUGUGAACGAAGUAGAUCGUAUGUUGGCGAUAGAAAUUAAUCCAGUUUUGUAAAUCAGAAAAGAAACUUGUCUCACUCGCCAAUGAUGAGCUGUGAUUGGUGGUAGCUCCUUCCCUUUAUGUAAUAAUUAUCAAGAGAUUUCCUCCUGUGUUUUACUUCAAUGUCAGUUGAUUAGCACAAUUUGUAGUUUGUACUUUUUGAAGAAUGGCAAGGCUGUUAUUUCUUUCUCAUUUUUUUUUAAUUUAACAAUUUUUCCUAACAACUCCCUAAGAUUUGAAAAUAAACUUUUGACGCUGAUAGCCCUCUCCCUACCUGACCAGAAUGUAUUAAUGCUUUGAAGAGAUGGAAGCUUAUUAGCUUAUAUUUUAAGAAGGAAUCCAUUUAUACAUAUUGCAAUGUGACUGCUGAGAGGAGAAGAAUAAUCGAUACUCUUUUGCUACUUUUUUAUAUGCAACGUUUAACUAUUAUUAUAAAAAAUUUAACGAUCAAAAAUAAAUAAAAAUUUAAUUUGACAAUUUUGACAAAUAAACAGCAAUGAUAAUUAACAAAAAAGAUGAUUU